CUGUUUUUAGUUGCCAUGGCGUUUACCCGGAACCUCGUUUAUGUCUCUAGGUUCCUGUGGUCACUGGGUGCAGUUUUAGUGAUUUUACCCCACUUAAAUCUCGGAUUAUUGUCUGACUACAAGAUCUGCGGAGACUCUGAGUGUCAAAGGCUCCUAAGCAGAGUGCAGGCCAUAAGGGACCACCGUGGUAAGGACUGUCGUUUCCUGAGCUUCAGGCAAGGAGACACAAUCUUUGUUUACCACAAAUUGACUGGAAAGAGGAAUGACCUGUGGGCAGGCAGUAUUGACAAAGAGUUUGGAUAUUUUCCAAAGGACACAGUGCAAGAAGAGGAGGUUUAUACUACUGUGGAGAAAGUAGUGGAAACACAGAAAUCUGAUUUCUUCUGCAUGAAUGAGUUUGGCUCCACUUAUCUGGAUAUGGAUGAUGAUGAUGAUGACGAUGAUGAUUAUAUUGAUCAGAAAAUCCAAAUCCAGGAGCCAGAAACCACCCAAAUUACCCAAAGCACUGAUGACACGAAAGCAGAAAGCCACUUAACAACCUCAGACUCCCCAGUUUCUGCACAGGAAGAAGAAGAACAAGAAGAGGAUCAGAAUAAAAAUGUUGGUGGUUCCGGAGCUGGGUUUCAAGAGGAGACACAUGAGAUUCCUGUGGUUCCUAAUCAACAAGGUGGGUCUCCCUCCUCUUCCUGGCUUGGUUCUUCAGUGACAGGAUGGUUAGGUCUGGGUAAAGAGGACCAACCUGACAGUGUGGCUGAAGGGGAGAUAGAAGAUAAGAGGAAAGAAACUCAGGCUGAAACUUCGCUCACGUCCUCUGUGACAGGUUGGCUGGGCUUCGGAGGAAAUGGAAAACCUGACAAUGGCAAAGAAAGUGUGAAAUUUAAAGAAGAAACUGCUGAAUCGUUAACUUCAACAAUGACUGGGUGGCUCAGCUUUGGAGGUGGAAGCAAAAGUGAGACAGAAGAGGAACAAGAAGCAGAUGAAGACAAAGAACCCACAGAGAAAUUCAGGAGCAGGAGGAUGUCCUUGGACCUUGAAGGCAGCCAGUUGCAGGAAGAGGAGAAGAAAGAGAUGGGGACUUUAGGUUGGCUAGGGAAUGGGCUGUCAAGCACGCUGGGGUUUGGUUUGACCAGUCAGGAGUCAGGACAGGAGAAGGAGAAGGAGGAGAAGGUGCAGGCUAAUUCUUGGUUAAACAUGGAGAUUGGAGGUAUUCUAGGUUUCAGGAAAGAUAAAGUUGGAGAUGAUGAAAACAAAGAAAGUGAAUCUAAGGAGGUAGAAAUAGUCACAACUUUAGAGCAACCAACAGGAUCGCAGAAUGUGGAUCACAGUGAACCAGAGGAGGAAAUUAUUAAGACAAGCAAUAAUUCAAAGGAGGUGGAAGAACUGUCAGAAGACCAAAAUACCCCUACAGAACCCCUUAAUGGUCACAGUGUUGAUAGCAACACAGAUACUUCAUACAGUGGGAUAAACAGUGAUUUCCAUGAAGAGGCUGAACCCACAGUUGAUCACAAAGAUAUUUCUCCUGAUAGGAAGUUUGAAGAGGAAUCUCAGGCUUUAGCAGAAUCACUCUCCAGUAAAGAUGAUGAUGACAAUAUAGAAAAAAGCAAAAUUAAUGAGGACAGAUCUGCAGAAAGGGAAGGUGAAGACGCUGAACAUAUGGAUAACAGCAGGGAGCCAGGAGAGGAAGAAAGAAAAACUCUGAGUGCUAUCAGUCAGGAUUCUAUAACACCAUCUGAAAGCAUUUUGGGCCCUGAUCACAUUUCAGUGGAUUUAAAGUCAAAGUCUGUGCUGGUCAAGGAAGAUGAAAAAGACCAGAUGGAGAACAAGAAAUCAGAAAGUGUGGAGGAGGAAGGGGCAGAAAUCACAAAUCAAACUGAUAACACAGAAGAAGAAACCACAGAAUUGGCUCUUAAAAUUGCCAGGGGUGACGAUAAUAAAGGAGAAGUCAGUAAUGAGGAUACAGAUUUAUCUGGAACUCAGACUGAGGAGCUGAACGGUGAUGUAGAAGACAGUAGCAAAGAUAGCCAGCCUCACUUACCGUCAUCUAUGGAGAAAAACAAUCCAGUUCCAGCUGAGAAUGAAAGUUUUACUCCUUAUAGUGCUGAAACAAAUGAUGACAAUUCAGAUACAAUAGCUCUUUUUGAUAAUAACACAGAAGCAGAGACAGUUCAUGGGGAGUUAAAGCAGGAGGGAGAAACUCUGAGCUCACAGGAAUUGGAUUCACAGCAUAACCCUGUCAGAAGCACUCAAACUAUCCCAAAGGAUGACAGAGGAACAAGUGGACUAGCCACAGAUCCCUCUGUGUCUCCAGUGAUGGAGCAUAUUGACAAUGAAAGUGACAGUGAUGCAGGCAAGCUAAAGGAAACUGUUGAAGACAACAUAAACGAGUCCCAGCAGGUUAAAAUAGAGAUAGAGGCAUCAGGCACUGAAGAAGAUUUAAAUGAAAAUGACCUGAAGUCAGCGAUAAGCUCUGAAUUAGAGGCUGAAAAAGAGGAGGAGUCAAAGGAUGGGGGGAAUCAAGGGGUGAUGAAGGUGGAGGAUAACGAGGAACUGGAGGAUUUAAAGGAGAUAAAAGAGCGAAAGGAAGAUGAGAAGGAGAGUAAUGAGGCAGAAGUGGAGAGCAUGCAGGGAGAGGUGGAAGACCUAAAGGAGGCUAACAAACAUUUGAAUACAGAGGAGGAAAAACACCCCAAGGUGGAGGAGUUAAUGGAAGAAGGGGAACUGGUGGGUCUAGAGGGAAAAGAGAAGAAAGAAGGUGAAGGGAAAAUGGUGAAAGAGCAAAAGGAAGAUGAGGAAGAAAAGGAGACUAAUGAGGCAGAAGUGGAGAGUAUGCAGGGGGAGAUGGGAGAGCUAAAGGAGGAUAGAAAACAGCUGCAGAUGGAAGAGUUACCAGAGAAGGAAAAAGAGGACAAGGUGGAGAAGUUACAGAGGGAAGAAGAAUUGGAGGGUGUACAGGAAAAAGAGAAGAAAGAUGAAGAGGGAAAAACAGUGCAGUCUUCUUAUUAUGAGGCAAAGAUCCUGAGCACCAUGAACACAGAAGAGACAGAAACCUAUGACAAAAAUACACAAGGUGAGAACGGCUCAGGAUCAUCUUUAACUGAAAUAGUCGCACAGGUUGAAAGCCACCAAGAUGUGGAAGGAAAAAAUGGGGAGGAUGGAGAGAAAAAAAAAGCCAAGGCAGAGGAGCUAAAGUUUGAAGAGACUGACCGAGCAGAGGUUGAAGAAGUGCAUCAAGAGGAGAAUGAGGUGGAUGACAGCUUUAAAUGUUCAAAUGAACUUUGCCAUCAAGUGCGUGAAGAAAAAGCUGGAAGCGGUUUAGAGGAAGGAAUGAGUUCAGCAGGUGAAGGAGCAAUACAGACAGAGAAGCUAAAGGAUCAAGCAAACACACCAGGAGAGAGGCAGAUGAUAGACUCGGAUGAAGAAACAGUAAAUAACAGUUCAGAGGAGGCAGAAAGCACUCAUGCAUUAGGUCAGGGAGAUAAAACGGAGUCUGGAGACACUGAAAGUAGCAGCAAAACAACACAACAGUUAAACUCCGGUCAACAGACACACACAGAGAAGGCUGCUGUUGUAGUGGAGGAUAAAGACUCUGAUAUAAAAAUGAGGGAAAAUGUCAGUAAUGGUAGUGAAUCCUGGGAUGAGGGAGGAAGGGAGCCUUCAGCCCCACAUAGUGACCCUGCUAAAAGUCAGUCUUUGAUAUCUGAGCAAACUGCCCCAAGUGUGACUGAUGAUGCGUCCCCACAUCCACCUACUGAUCAGAGUGGGGAGAUGGCAGAGAGUAAAACCAGAGGAGCUUUUGGUCUUUUAAAAAACCCCUUCGGUGUUUUCAGCCAGAAAUCUACCACCGAAUCUGACGGGUCCGCCGAACCAGCCCAGAGCUUCAGUACUAGUCCAGCUGACGCGUUGCAUUCGCAAGACUCUGAACAAGAACCAGAUUCCACCACUCACCACCUUGAAGUUGUUCGCAAAGACUCUCCCACUAUCACAGAGCAGCCACAGCUUCAUCCUUCCUCUGCUGAGAUGACAAGAACUCUCUCCAAACAUUACAAAAACCUGCUCGCUCACAUGGGUGCAGAUGAGACAGCUAUUUCGCUGGAGCUUUUUGGGCGACACAAGCUUCAGUUUUUGGAUUACAUUUUGUCCAAUUCAGACACCAUGUUGUACAAACCUGAUGAGGAGGAUGAAUCUAUAUUGUCAGAUAUAGAGAGACUUCUGUAUCAUCACAAGGAGACGCUGAUUGCUCCUAGCCUGACACUCACUGAUGCACUGCAGGAGGACAAAGAAAAGACCCGAAUGCGUAUGGCGCUUCAAAAGCUGGAAACACUGUUGGGAAGAGUGAGACAGACUUUCAACACAAGACAGACCAACGACCGUAAUCAUCAAGCCGAGGCCAGCUGUGUUGGCGUCUCUUGUUCAAAUCAUAGAAAAAAUAAGAAAGCGAACACUGAGGAAGAGUCAAAGACGACACAAGAUCCAUCCAUCCAGAGAGAUGACUGGAUGAUAAUGAAAGAAGGCAAUAACCAAGUGGGUGGUGGUGUAGGAAAAGAUGAGAUAAGAGGAAAAAAACAGGGCAGAAGUGUUGAAGAAGCAUCCCUUCCUCAUGUUCAGCCAGGAUCACCAGAGAUGCUGAAAGGAGUUAUGAAGCAAAUUCUGGACUUCGUUUAUCAGAUGGCUGAAGACUCUUACGCCCACGCUUGUGCAGUGAGGGAGCUCCUCAUAUGGCUUACUGUGCAGGUGGUAUCAUCUCUGCCCGAUGACUUAAGACCUGGGCCAGACCUGUAUGGUGUGCCAUGGGAACCUAUCAUUGUCUCUGGCCUAUUGGGCUUGGUGACACUUCUGUUGUUCACCUGUAGAUGUUACAGCUCUAUAAAAAGCAGAAUUUACCGACGUAGAGAGCAGGGGAUGGCAGAACAGGUUGCACAGCUACUGGAUGAGAAAUCCAAAGUCCUUGAGAGUCUGAGUCAGUGUCAACAAGAGUAUGACGACCUUGAGAGUUCACUGAGGGACAGUGGUGUCUUGGCUCAGACUCAGAAGACAGAACAACUGGAGGUCAAAGCCAGGGAGUUUGAGCACUCCAAACGAGAGUUGGAGAGGGAUCUUGAACAGCUAAAGGAUCAACUGGACCAGCAAAGGGAGCACAGGAUAGAACAAGAAAGGAGGAUAGCAGUCCUCGAGGAGAGCAUGAAAUCCCUUGAAGAUGAAACUAAAGACUUUCAGUCACAGGAAGAGCAGGCGCAGACCACUUUGAAAGUGUACAGUAUGAACAGUGACAGACUACAGAGGAACCUGGAAACAGCUGGAGAGGAGAAUGAAGUGCUAAAGGAGAGCAAUGCUCAUUUGAGGCAGCAAGUGGAGGGAUGGGCAGAGAGAGUGAGUGAAUUGGAGGCAGAGAUGAAAAGGUGUGAGGUUGCUUACAGUGGGAUGAUGCAGGAUGUGGCCACCAAGGAUGAACGUAUAAUGUCCUUAACAGAUCGGCUGCUGAGGUUGAAAGGCUGGGAUUCAGAUCUGGAGGAAGAGGAAGGAGGAGAAAAGGAGACAGCCAAUGGUACGCCAGAAAAAGGAGAGAAGAAUGGAAGAGGGGACAUAACGGACACCCAGGCCCAUCUGCAGAAAGUCCAGAAACUUGUUUAUGCUGCUAAGCUGAAUGCAGACCUCAAAUCCCUAGAUGAGGAUAAGGACAGAGUAUUUGCCAAACUGAACGAUGAAAUCAAAGCAAAAGAAGACCUGCAAUUGAGCAUAGAAGAUAUGGAGAAAGAGAAACUAACUUUGCAGUCGGACGCCGAGCGCUACUCGGAUCAGGUCCAACGAUUACAACAGAAACUCCAGAUUAUGACAGAAAUGUACCAGGAGAAUGAGCUCAAGCUGCACAGACUUCUAACGGUGGAGGAGAAAGACCGUCUGCAGAAAGAGGAGAAGUUAAACAAAGCAGACAAAAAUAUUGCGCUGGCGAUGGAGGAACUUAACAACUACAGGCAACGAGCUGAAGAAAUGGAGGAAGAGCUGGAGAAAACCAAACAGUCUUACCAGACUCAGAUAUCAGCACAUGAAAAGAAAGCUCAUAAUAACUGGGUGGCAUCCCGAGAAGCAGAACGACAACUGUCAGACAUCAGAAGAGACAACGCUCUCCUCAGACAGAAACUGACAGAUACACAGUUUAAACUGGACGCCCUCGACAAAGACCCGUUUGCCUUGAACAGUCUAGCAAGACCAAUGCCUUUCCGAGCUGAAAGGUCACCGUAUGUUCCUUCUCCUCUGGGUCGACCUUCAUCGGAAACCAGACCAUUUCUCUCACCUCCUACGUUAAUGGAUGGACCACCUGCUCGACUGUCUCCUAGAGUGUCUCGUGGUCCAGGGGAGCCCCCAGGAGGCCAGGGGGAGAUGGAGCGCAGUGGAGGUCCUCAUUCAGACAGCGGCUCAAUCUCUCCUACCUGGGAGAGAGAUCGCAGAGGACCCCCACCAGGACCCUUACCAGGACCCCCUGGGCCUUUAGGACCUCCAGGCUAUAUGUUUCCAGAACUAGGAGCUCCCAUGUACAGAAGACCUCCACCUCCUCCAGGAGCUCUGGGCUUUUUGCCUCCUCCGGACUCUCUCCCUCCUGGCGUCCUUCCCCCCGGUGUCCUCCCACCUGGUGUUCUCCCACCUGGCGUCCUCCCUCCCGGUCCACUCCCUCCUCGUGCCCUUCCUCCUGGUCCACUCCCUCCUGGCCCCCACCAUCCUCGGAAUCUCCCUCCAGGACCCUCUCACCCUGCAGACAUGCCAGAUUCCUACAGAGAAAACAGCUUUGGACCUGGUGAACAGGACCAUAGAGAGUCUGGUCCUGAACGCAGGACUCCCCCUGAAGCAGAUCCAAGGAUGGGUCCACCAAUGGGUCCCAUGGAUGGUCCCUUUCCUCGCAGAGCCCCUUAUGGACCCCCACCUCCUGAUUUCUACCCUCCCAGGGGACCUGGGGGACUUCCUAUCAGGCCUAUGUGGGUUCCUCAACCUCCAGGAGUGAUGGCCCCUCCUCGAUACCAUCCUAGUGGAGCUCCCCUUCCUGCCGGUCCUCAUCCUCACAUGCCCUCCUAUGCUCCCAAUAUGCGACCCCCUUCUCCCGACGGCCUCCCACCUUCUUCCAUGGGCCCUCCCCCACCUCAUCAAUCCCUCCCUCCCGCACCACAAAGCCAGUCUCCAGAGAAGGCAACCUCACCUGAAGACGCCAUUUGAGCCUGACUGAGUUUCUACAUCAGCUGUGAGACGAAGAACUUCUGGUUAAUGUUUAACGUGGACAGUGUAGGGCAGAUUGCUGGUUACCCUUUUUCCAUAAACAUCUAUUUAUUCACCAGAAGGAUGUUUAUUGAAUAGUGUUUGCAGGGGAGAACAUCCUCCUUCAUUGGCCUGUUUUCUUGCUGCUUGUUGUCCAAUGACAUUAUUUCUUACGUCUCUUUGUUAUUCCCUCACCUUGCUCUCUCACCAUUUACAUUCUCUAUGAGGAAGCUGAUGUUAAAGUAAACUUGGCCUGGACUGCGUGUGUGCGCAUGAAAACACGUCACAUGACCCAAAAACAGCUGCCUGUCGUCUCGUCAGCGGUUUUUGGUGGGAAUACUUCACCGAAAUGGAGAGAUUUGAAUGAUCAUACCAUGUCUGUCAUGGCAAAAACACAGCCCUGAAAUAGUUUUUGUCUGACAUCAUCAGUAUAAUUUAAAAAAAAAAUGUAGCUGGUUAGCAUCUUGUUGUUGGAUUUUAUGACACUUCAGUCCGAGCAUGUUAAGCCUGGUUUUGUCUGUGACUGAGCUGAGUUGAUCUUGAACUCAAAGGAGACUGCUUUUGAUGAAAUGUAUCAGAGUUGCAUAAUUGAAUUUCACUGACUUCCCUGUGGGAAGUGGGAGAUUUUUCUUAUUUCACAGUAAGAGAAGCAGUUGAACAGUGCUUUUGAUCGUGUUACAGUGACUUAAAUAUGGCCUAGACUUUGAAAAACGUGGCUUAUAAUAGCUGCUCAUGUUUCCCCGAAUAAACAGUCACAGGAGUGAGUUUAAUAGACUGACUGGAACAGAGGAGAUACCUUCAUGUGAAUUUUGUAAAAAGUGAUUAUUGCUAGAUUAAUAAAGACUCUUGAAUUGUCA